AUGGAUUCUACUUCGGAAACCAGGGAGCCGAGCUUCCUGCUCAACCUCCCCGUCGAGAUUCUCCAGCAGAUAAUCGAAACAACCGGCCAUAGCUAUUGGUAUACUCUCAAGGAACUUCGUCUUGUAAACCACAUAAUUAGCGACCUCGCGACGCCUCUCCUCUUUAGGAAGUAUACAUUAAGUCUCAAACAUAUCCGAGGACACGCCCAAAAUCUUACGGAGAGGGUGACACCGGAGAAACAAAUCCAACUGAUUCGCAAAAUCGAAGCUAUCAAGUCCCUCGAAGGAUUAGAAUUCUUGACUUCUAAUGUCCAGGAUUUAAAUAUCAGCGCCUAUCAGAUCCGGGAUGCUGUUAAAUUCCUUUAUGAGGAGCCGAUUCAGCAGGAUACAGAUGACUUUAGCCCCCUCGGCGUCCAAAUCCUUCAAAACUUCAUCUGCAGUAUGAAAAGACUAAAAACCUUAAGAUGGAACAUCUCAUUCUGUAAUCUCUCCAGAGAAAUCGAUUUCUCUCCAAUAGCUAGUUCGGUGACACAUCUAGAACUACACCCAAUGAUCGAUAUGGAUCCCUACGACCCCCCAUCCGCACAAUAUAACUCCUACCCCUCCUUCAAGGUCUUCACAAACCUCACCCACCUAACUCUUCUACUAUGGGAUAAAAGUUACCUGGAUACUCUAAACUACCUCCCACGUUUAAAAUCCCUAACCUUCGAACCAUCCUACGAAUUCGACAUCACUGCCUUCGAUUUCCUAGAAGUCCAACAAGUCCCCUUCAACCUCGAAGAACUAACCCUUAAAUACGGCACAAUAAACGACCCGUUCCCAGAGCAUCUAAUCCCCAAAUUCCUUUCAAACUUAAAACGCCUGACUUCACGCACCGAACUUCGACCAGAAUCUACCGUCAAACGACCAAUCUGGGAUUCCCUCCGCGAACAUGGCAUAUUCCUCACCCACGUGUCCGAACAUAACGCCUCGAGGACUUUACUAAACUAUUUAUCAUCAUACUCAAAUACUCUAACCAGCCUAUCGAUCCAUAUGAUCCCCUACCGCUGUGGUCGUACAGCUACAAAAGAAGUCUGUACAGCAGAACACAACGCAAUGCUAGGAUUCAUGAACGAAUUUUGGCAAGAUGUAAUCCCAAAACACGCAUCCACUUUAAGACGUCUCAAAAUGUUCCCGGGGAAUCAACAUAUCCGUAGCGGAGAAGGUCCAGGAAAAGAGGAACAACAUAGAAUGGUGGAGCAACUGAAUCUACUGGAACCUUGGAGUCUGGGAAAUCAUAUCCCUGCUGCGAAGAAGGCGUUGAUGAUGUGUGAGAAAUUGGAGGAGUUACAGAUGGGGAGUGCGGGGGAAGUGGGGUUUAAGGAGGCUAUUGAGGUGGCAGUAAGAUCGAAAAGAGUUGAGAAAUUGACGUUUAAUUUGAAGGGAUAUGCUGUACGGCCGCAGAUGAGGGGGUGGUGUGGAACCGGGAUGAUGGGGUUUUUGAACGAGGCGAUGGGGAUGAGGAAGAGGAUUUUGGAAGUUAGGUGGAAGAGUGAUGGAGUUCCAGAGGGUAGGUGGGAGAAAGUGGAUAUAGAGGUGGUACCGGUAGGGAAACUUUCUUUGAUAAAAGAAAAGGGAGAAGAAGGGUUGUUCAAACUCAUUGAUUUUAAAGACCUGAUUAAGGCCACCAGUUCGGCAGAAGAUGUCUCAACCGCAAAAGAAGUCGAAGUUCAAAAAUAG